UGUAUAUAAAAGCUUGCAGUGCAUGCUAUAGUAUCAGUAUUAGCAGAAGAAACAUAACAUGAGAACUGAGGUUCUGUGGGGUGUAUUGGCCCUGCUGUGUCAGCAAACACUGGUUAGCAGCCACAUACUGGGGAGGCCCUCAUCUGCUAAUGACCUGGCUCAGCUCAAGUCUUUGCUGGAACGCUUUGAGGAGACAUUGGAUGAAGUGGUCCAGAAAGAAGACUUGGAAGCUUAUUAUGAAGACAUGAACCAAGAGCCCAAAAGCAGCCAGGCCAGCCAAGGAUGGGACCAAGAGGGGAACCAAGAACCUCUGAUAUCUGAAAAAGCCCAACCACUAACUGAGGGCAAGACUGUGAAUCAGAGGAGCCGCCUCCAGGACCUGCUGAUGGCCACCAGGAAACGCACCUCUGGCUGUUUUGGAGCCAGGAUCGAUCGAAUAGGAAAUGCCAGUGGCUUGGGAUGCAAUAGUGGAAGAGGAUAGUCCAGCCUUUUCCCGGGGCGCAUGACGAAUUCUGCUGUUGGAACUGAAAUUAUAUCAGAGAAAUAUAGAGUUUGGAAAAGUAUGGUUUUGUAUUAGUUGCAUUUCAACUUUGUGUAUCUAUUUUGCAUGUUUCUGUGUCAAACAUGAGAAACUGGCUGUUUUUCAAGUAGGUAAUUAAUUCGAUAAGUCCAUUGUAGAUGAGCAACAUAAACACUUUAAUGGAAAAGAGUUAAACAACUACUGUAACUGCAUGUGGGGGUCUAACAAAAAUAAACAUAUUUUUUACUUA